AUGAGUUUUGCUGAAAUUAGAAAAUUUAAGCAAAUUUGUGGUGCGUUCAUCCAGAUGAGUGAUAAUAUCCUUCCAAAUGCUAUCAAGAAAAUAAUACAGGGAAGUUCACCACAUCAGAAAUAUGCAACCGUUAUGGACGUUGAUAAAGUUAUAUUGAAGAUUUAUGAUGUGGCGAGGUGCACUAACCAGCAGUGGAACUCCAGCCGAACCAAACCAAUAUAUUUGGGGUUUCAAGAAAGAUUGAUCCCAACAUAUAGGUUAAUUGCACCACUGUCACUUAGUUAUGGGUUUAUUGAACAUCCCAAUUUAAAUGUGCAAGCUGCUCUUCAAAAUUUAGACGACUAUAAAAACCGUAAUCCAUUGGAAAUUGCUGAUCUUUAUAUCAAAGCAAAAUAUGUUAGCGAAAAUAAAUUAUUAAAUGUUAAAGAAACGAAUUUCAAAGAGAUGAGUAUAAAGGGUUUUGGGAAUUUGCAGAAAAUUCACCUAGCCGGCAUCCCCCACGGUGAUAUCCACCUGGACAAUGUUAUCUACAAUGAUAAAGUCAAUACAUUUUAUUAUUUAGAUUUUGGUUCAUCAUCUACUAGAAAAGGCAGAUCCAAUUGCACGAAACCAAUACCAAUUAUCACUAAAGGUUUACAUCAUUUUAUCAAAAAAUGCUCGUAUGAUUAUGAAUGCCUUAUCGAUUUAUUGCUGGAUUAUAGAAAUUAUCGCAAAAUUGAUUUUAGAUUCUUGGAAGCUCAGAGAGGCAGUUUGACUACUAUGGCACAAAAAAACAUAGAAAUAGAAAGAGAAAAAUUUGCAGAAAAAAUUAUCCAGUUAAUAGUUCUAAAAGAAAGGCUUGAAAUUUUAAUCAAAUCAAACGGAAAAAAGGCAAUUAAAAACAUUUUAUUUUAA